AUGAAGUUCACCACCAUCGCCGCUGUUCUCGCCACCUUCGUUGCCGUCGCCUCGGCAGCCCUCCCCGUCGAGCCCGCCAUCAACGGAUUCGUCAUCCAGGACAACCCCUCCGUCUCCCAGCAAAUCGUCAUCGACACCGACCACAACAAGCCUGCUCAGACCCAGGGAACAAAGUCCUAUAUCGUGGUCUUCAAGGACACAGCAGCCGCCCAUGUCAUGGAAAACGUCGAGAAGGAGAUCCUGGCCUUUGGCGGCAAGAUUGGUCUGCGCUACUCGGCCGCUCUCAAGGGCUUCUCCGCUUGGAUUCCGGGACCCAUUGUCACCGCCCUCUCCACCAACCCCUUUAUCGAUUACAUCGAGGAGGACAGUGAAGUCACUGCCUUCAAUGCUGUCUAA